UCAUUUAAUCUUUAUGAUAACAAAAACUGACCUUGAGUUUACUAGACUCUCAAGAAAUUUGUAAACAAUUAUAUAUUGUUUAAAAUCAAUUAAAAAACUCUUUUACUUGAUAAUAUCGAUUUUACAAAAUGAAUAUGGCUUCAGGUUCAUCUUGGGAAGAUUUAAGAAAGCAAGCGAGGCAUCUAGAGAAUGAUAUAGAUGUAAAACUGGUUGCAUUUAGUAAAUUGGGUGUUACAUAUGGAUCAUCAAAUCUAUCUUCAGAGACAGCCCCCUUGAUCAACAGCGAUGAUAUGUUUGAUACAAUGUCUAUGGAACUUCAGCAACUUCUAAAUAAGUUGUCUGCGAUUAAUGAUACAAUGGCUGAUCUAGCUCCCAGUGGUACUGCUACAAUGCACACAAUAAAAAGACAUAGAGAGAUUCUGAUGGAUUACCAACAAGAGUUCUCGCGGACGUCAGCUUUAGUGUGUGCAAGGAGAGAGCGCGAGGAACUACUCCGCGGAGGCAGCCCGCCGCCCGCAGCAGCUGGGCUCAGUCGACGCGACCAGUAUGCUAAAGAAGCUAAUCAUUUGCACAGCUCACACAUCUUAGUGGAUGAGCAGAUCAACAUAGCAUUGGAAGCGCGCGAGCACCUCACCUCGCAGCGGCAAACAUUCAAGCGUAUGCAGACCAGAUUCAACGACAUUGCCAACAGGUUUCCGAUGCUGAACAGUCUUAUCUAUAGAAUAAACGCCCGUAAACGUCGCGACUCCCUAAUCCUUGGUCUAGUUGUAGCUGUUUGCACAUUCCUUUUACUGUUUUAUGCUUUCCAUUGAUUUUUUUUCUUGUUAUAAAGAUGAAUAACAAUAUCUUAAGCAUAGUAUAAGUAGAUUUAAUAUUUAAUUUUUAUUUUGUAAAAAAAAUCAGUAAUCCAUUAAAAUUCCCGUUAAAAUCGGUCCAGCCAUUUCGGGGAUUUCCCGGAACAAUCGCGGACUCGUUAAGAGACGGAAAAAAUUAAAAAAAAAUAUGUUUUUGUUGUUUCAUGAAAUAUAACAAUAUUUUGAUAUUACAUAUAGACACUCCAAUUUUAUUUAUCUGUAUGUAUUCCAUUGCUCUUGAAUUGCAAUUGGGUGUAAAAGGAAAGUAUGACCAUUUUAGAUUUUAAUUCUUCCUAAGUAUUAAUAUUGCCGAAAGAAAAAAAAUGUUUUAUUAACUUGUAUUUUUGACUAAUGUACAGCUAUGUAUUUACUUAUCAACUGUAACAAUUUGUAAGUAAAAUGUAAAUAAAUAAUAUUGAAUAAAAGAGUUUAUUUCA